AUGCCAACUGUCAGAAGUGGGCUGCGGCGCGAGACACAUUGAAGUUUGGUCUAACAGAUGAGUUAAGGUAAGUCAGCAGGAAAAAGCCCACGUGUCGGUCAGAUUAGAAUCGGGCCGACACACAGAGGAGAGGAGAGGCGGAUCCGCCCGCGAACACUGUCCGUCUCAUUGAUUUGAAGGCGGAUGAGUGCUGACACAUCCACGCAGUCAGCGAAGGCACGCGGCUCAGCCACGGCGCAGCUCGAGGCCAGCUGAGGAGCGGCCAAAGUGAUGCGUUUGUGGGACAGGGGGCUUCACUGGAAACUUCUGGAGAAAGCGCAAACGGAGCAGGACCGGCUGAAGCAGCGAGGGGGCUGAAGUCAGGGACCGUCUUUGGAUAGUAAUAUGUCCCUUCUCAAACAGCGGGGGAGAGAGCUCGAGCGUUUCGACGGACUGUCGCUUAUUUACUGGACACUCAUGGGUCCAUACGGAGUAGACCGAGCUGUUCAUUCCAUGGAGUUCACUGACUGUGAGAAUGGUCUGGGAAUUAAAGUGAUUGGUGGAGUGAAGGAGGUAACAGGAGAGGAGUUUGGAGUCUAUGUCAAACGUAUUUUACCAGGUGGCCUUGCUUCAAGUGACGGGAACCUGUUGCCAGGGGACCAGAUUUUGGAGGUGAAUGGGGACAGUCUAGUCGGAGUCACAAGUGAGAGAGCUGUGGACAUCUUAAGAGCAGCCUCAGCAACCAAUCACAUGCGCCUUCUCAUAGCCAGAGAUGAAGAAGCAAAGAGAGAAUUUGCUGAGCUACUGGAGAAAUAUGGAUCCAAUGGUAGUACAGGAUCAACACGCAACUCUCCCAUUCAGCAAGGAGGGCGCUACUUGGAUAGCACGUCAUCUGGUUCCUCGUCUCGUUCCCAGAGUCCUUUGUUGUUGAGUCCUGCAGGUUCCCAGAACAUGUACAACAACAGUGGGCCAAUGCUGCGCUCUCUCAGUCACCCAGGUGAAGGGGUUAUUCAGCUCAUUUCAGUGGCAAGAUCCAGCAGUCUGGGCAUCACAAUCGGAGGAGGCUCCAACAGGCCUGAUGGUCCUGCAGUCUUUAUCCAGGAGGUUCUGUCUGGAGGUGACUGUCACCGGGAUGGACGUCUGCGGCCCGGGGAUCAGCUCAUCGCCAUUAACAAGGAAUCCUUAAUAGGUGUGACCCAUGAAGAGGCCAAAGGCAUGCUGAACAAAGUUAAGUUCAGUCAGGACGGUACAGUGGAGAUAGCCUUCAUCCCCGGCAAAGGGCUUUUCCCCAGCAGCACAUCUCUGCACAACGGGGUCCAGAAGGCAGCGGGCAACAGCUACAACUCUGGACGCUUAAAAGUCCAUAUCAGAUCACCUGAGAUCUGUGCAGAGGAGCCAGCCCCAGUGUCCUCCCCUUCUCCUGACAUCUGCCCACCUGAUAUUCAUAUUUCAGGUUCAACCAGCCAGAGGUCGCCAACAGGGACCAAACCUAAGAUAACCCUGGACCCCUACAUACGCCUCAAAUCAGACAAGUUAGACUUGGCGCUAUCCUUCCUUGGGCUAGAUGUCACAGAAGAGAUGAAGAAGAAGUUGAGGCAGAGUCUGACCACAGACCCACAAGGCACCGUGGCCUAUGGAGACUUCGUGGAGGCCACCCGAACUAUCUUCCAGGAGAACCUGGAGGAGCUGGGUAUGGGGUCAGGUCCCUUCAUGUUCUCCUACCAUGAGGCAGCCAGUCUGAUGGACACGUCAGCCUUCCACUCCCCUACAUAUGAAUCUGAAUGCAGCUACAGCAGUGAAGACAUGGAACAAUUUCAGACAGAGGUGAAGCAACUGCAGACCCAGAUGAAGCAGCUCAAGGUGAUGCUGAAGGACAUGGAACACAGCAAGAAAAACCUUGAGGAGGAGCUGCAGAAGACCUCAGAGAAAGCCUGCCUGACUGUUGAGGAGAACACCCGUUUGAAGAGUCGUCUGCAGGCAGCUGAGGCCGAGGUGGGCCAGCGGCAGGCCAGCAGCGCUGAGCAGGACUAUGAGGAGGUCAUCCAGCUGCUGGAGGCUGAGAUCAGAGACCUGAAGAACCAGCUUACCAGCAAAAGACAGGCACGGGGAGUGGAAGCCACCAAGGAGGACGUUGUGGAACUGAAUAAGAGGCUGACAGCCGUCGACUGCCAGCUGAGGAAGUCUGAGCUGAGCAGGAAACACCUGGAAGUCUCCAACAAGAAGCUGCUCAGCUUUGCACAGAACGUCCACAAAGUACUGACCACGCCCAAGCUGUUUGGAGCAGACACCGGGAGUAACAGGUCGUCUCCUGUCACUGAGAGCCCUGACACCCCGUCACCCCUCCCUGACCCUGCCAUCCAACUGGCCGUGGAGGCCAAAGAGCUGGUGGAGGGAGUCUGCAGCAUCACUACUGACGACAAAGUGAAUCCAUCAGAGGCAGCAUCUGCCUCAGACGUCAGCGCUUACCACAUGUGAUCCACUCAGGACUGUGGGGGGGGGGGGGGGGGGGGGGGGGGCUGAAGUGGCCCAACGAGCAGCUGAACCCAGAACAGUCAACACAGGACAGGACACCAUCCGAUCCAGUGUCUCCAAAUACUCACACCGCUUCAGUCAAAUCCAAAAUCAUCUCAUGACCAAUUUCUAAUCCAGGAGCAUCUGUUGCCGUGGGUGACAUCAUUCAGUCACACACACUGACCACAAAGCGACGUUUUAAUGCCAAAGCUGUGCGCACACAUCAGAUUACCGUCUUCCUUUUGAGUGGGUUCAGUAGUGGACUCAGCCGUGACCUGAGAACUCCCACCAGUGGACAUGACUAUUUCUUUAUUUCUUUACUGAAGGAUCCCCAUUAGUCUCUCCCAAAGUGGAGACUGUUCUUCCUGGGGUCCGAUAGAAGUGCUCUGCCAAAUUAACUGUCUGCUGGAUUCAUCUGUUGGUGGCGUUACAGCAGGUGGAAUUAUCAGAGGAGCUGCAUGACACACAGAUGCUGAUGUAAACCUUGUUAAUAUUCAUUCUUGACUUUUUACCCCCCUUUCUUUUUCCACCCCCACACUCGUGCAUAGAUAAACUCCAAGGUUUGCAUGUUAAGGAGGACUUGCUGCCAUCUGUCAUCAUCUCACAACUUUGCUCUUUACUCAGAGGUUUAGCAACUGAACCAACACCACCUUCGACUGUCUUUACAACUUUGUCUGCCCUUGUGCCCUUAUUCACCCACUCACUCAUGUAUUCAAUCAUCCAAAGGCCUGGAAUGACAGUUGGAUUUUGUCGUCAUCACUGCAUGGUUCAUGUCAUUUGUGUCUCCUGCCUCUGGGAGCAGCUUUCUUUCAUGUUGUUCAUUUGGGAACUCCUCCUGUGUAAACUUGUGUUUGGUAGAUCACAGAGGCUUUUGUUUAUACUGGACAAAUGUUGUGAAAAAUACUGACAUGUCCUGAAAUUCAACCAGAUUGCAUUUCGGUGUGGCCUCAUAUUCUUUCUGUUACUGUUUUAUAUAAAGAAUUAACUGAUGA